AUGACAUUGUUUGGAAAAUUAUAUAAUCAAGUUAGACCACUAUUAUUUGUACGUGAAGUAUGCUAUAACGAUGGGUUACGUAAACAAAUUCUUUAUUCAAUAAAUACAAAGGUUCAAUUGUCAUUUUUAAAGAGAACUAUGUAUACAAGAGAUGAAAUUGAUAAUUUUACAGAUCAUGAAAGAUUUAUUGAAGAAACUGAAGAUUCAAGGGAAUCAGAAAAUUUUUCAACCAUUGACGAAAUCGUUGAUGAUACAAUAGAUACACUUGAUAUAAUUCCGGACAAGGAUGAAUUGAUUAAAAACCCUCCAAUCGUAAGGCGUAACAAACAUUGGUCUAGGUUAGAAGUAAAGGUUUUGGAAAGUCUCAUCGAAAAGUAUGGAAAAGAUUGGGAAACGAUCUCUCAACAUAUGUUCGAGAAAACACCGCAAGAAUGUGAAGCUCAAUAUGAGGAUAUGAUGAAGGGUCGACCGGACCUUAGACAACCUCUUAAAGGUUUACCUGACUUCACCGAAAGUGAAAUCGCUCAGAUAAAUAAUUUAAUUGAAGAGAAUGGUCGUAGUUGGCGUAAGAUUGCGAAACAUUUUUAUGGUAAAUCCGCACUCGCAGUUGAAAGUUUUGUAAAGAAUAAUCCGAAUAGAUUUCCAUCCCUUUACAAACGUUCCAUAAUCAUGAAACAAUUUAAGGGAUCGGCUUGGACGGAUGAGGAAUUAAAAUCCUUGAAUGAACUCAUUGUGAAAUAUGGACGAGAUUAUGAUGCAAUUUCAGAAGAGUUGCCUGGUAGAAGUCCCAAAGCCAUAGAGAGAAGCAUCUCAAAACACAUGUUGGACCUUCCUGCGCUUCAUUCUGGAAAAGUCGCGGAUUGGUUCAGAUCUUCAACCAUUUGGAGUGAAUCAGAAACGCGUUUAUUAAAUGAACUGGUCGAAACUUAUGGUUUCAAUUGGGAAAAGAUCUCGGAAUACCUACCAGGUCGAUCACCCAUUUCUUGCAGCGCUAAAUUUUAUGGCAGCUGGUCAACUUGGAAUACCAAAGUGACCGCCCUGGUGCCUCACAAAUGGCCCAAAGAAGUAUUACAAUUUUUAGACUUGUUGAUAGAAAGAUACGGGAGAUGGCAAAUCAUACCACUUCUCAUACCAGGAAUAACGCCCGCAAACUGGUUUUCGCCCUUUUACCCUCAAUCUAGAGUUUGGACGACGAGUGAAAAAGUGAUUUUACAAUAUUUGGUAAGAACUCUUGGAUACAAUUGGGAAAAAAUUUCAGAAUAUUUUCCUCACAGGCAACGUUGGUCAAUUAUUCGUGAAGUACUCGGUAAUAUUGAAUAUUAUGAAUCCGUAAAUGCAAAUGAGAAUGAUUUAAUAACAAAACUUGCCGUGCCAAAAAAGCAAAAACGUCGUUCUUCACUUUGGCCAUAUGAUGAAGUGAAGAAAUUAUAUGAACUCAAGGAAAGAUAUUCUUCUAAUUGGUAUAAAAUAUCAGGGGAACUUCCUGGUAGAACUCCUGCUGCAUGUUAUCUAAAGGAUUUCGUACUCACAAAUGCGUGUCAUUGGACGGAAAAGGAAGAGGCAUUAUUUAAAAAUCUUAUCGCAUCACAUGGAAAUAAUUGGAAAUUCAUCAAAAAUUUUUUCCCAAGGAAAUCAUACAAACAACUCUAUGAAUAUUAUCAAGCGAAUCGAGAAACUUUUCCCGAUGCGUAUUCUAUGAAUACAAAUUAUUGGGUAUUUAAUCGAUCCUCAUGGAAGAAGGAAGAAAAUGAUUCAUUAAAAGAAUUAAUAACUAAACAUCAUGGUGAUUUUGAUUUGAUUUCACGCAACCUUCCUGGUAGGACAAGUGCUGCUAUUAAAGCUCAUAUCCGUAAUCAUCCUGAACUUUUCUCCUCAAAACCAGGAAUUGAACAAAAUCGACAAUCGAAAGAAAUUUGUAAAAAAGGUCAAAAAGUUCAGAAAGAUCAGAAAGGGUCAAAUAUAUAUUGGACAACAGAAGAUGAAAAUAAAUUACUAGAAUUGGUGAAUUCUCACCCAGUUGAUUGGAGUAAAAUUGCUGCUGAAUUUCCUUCUAGAUCAUUAAGUGCCUGUAAAACCAAAUAUCGUUCUUUACUAAAACCAGAAAUGACGAUAUCGAGAUUUAUUGAUACUUACAAGGUUUCAUAA